AUGGGAGCUUUCGUCACGGUGGCUUAGAUCAUCCAGAACGAUCAGAUUUUUCUCGCGAAUUAUUGUGAGCAUAUUUGUUAAACGGAAGCCAUGAGGUGAUGACAAGUUGCAAUUAGUUAUCGGGUCGAAGGAUUGACACUGUGAAAAUAAGGAAUGCAUGGAAAAAAACACCCGAAAAUGUGAAGCGUGCUGAGUGAAAGGCAAAAUAAAAGCGUGAGAAAUUGUGUGAUUCCACGGUCUGAAAGGCGGGAAACUUUUGCGCUCGCUGCUGAAGUGCCGUGGGUGGAAGUGCCGAGCUAUUUUUUCGGUGAUUUGAGUUAGAGUGAAGCGGUAAACGCGAAAAUAUUGCUAAGAAGGAUUUGCGGUUGCUGAGAUGGAGUGAAAGUGAUAUUUUGUGAACCAAUAGAGAGUUAUUAAGAUUGUUACAUCAACGGGAGUCACUAUCGUCGGAAGAGAACAUUCCAAGUGAAAAAUGUGUGAUUGUAUAUGAGUGUCGUUUCAUGGAAAACCGUCCACCUCUGAGAAAGCGUUACUGAAUUCAUACGGAAGCAUUUCGCUUGAAAAAGGUCACCAGGUGCGCCCCUCGGAACCGAACAAAAAACGAGUGACAUUCAGUUCGAGAAUCAUAAUACCUUCCCAUCCAUCCUCCGGUGCAGUUUGCAUUGUAAUGACCUUUGAUGACGCAUUGAGCGAAUGCAAUCAAUCAUCGCUACGAACCGAAAAUGUACCUCGCCGAGAGAACGAUCCGUCGUACUUGUCACGGCCACCGACUUGUGUCAGCGUAAGCUUGCCCAAGCAACAACAACAACAACAACAGCAGUUACCUGGAGGUGGUGGUGAUAGUGGAUGCCAACCCGGAUCCAAACCUAGACCGGCGUUCUUACGCUAUUGUCCCGACGAAUCUGACAGUGCGACUGCUACCGUUGUCGGUGGAGGAUUUUCUCAGCUUCUCGUUCGGCAAGUGAAUUGGAAUUUUUACACUGAUUGCCAAGAAGAUCAACGUUCGGAUUUGGAGAACGGUGCCGAUAGCCCUCCGCCGCUUCCGUUGUUGCCUCAAACGGAAGAGGCGCUAAAACUGUUGCGAGAAAUCGAUAGCAAUAUUGCUGCCGUUGGAGGAUUAACCGAAAAUGGAUUCGGAGCGCUAUUGGACAACGACAAUUGCGGCGACGGUGCCAAUCGAACCGACAAUAUGUCCUAUUAUUUAAGAGAUGGCCCCCGAUCUGUAUUUUUCAAUCCACCGCCACAAGACAGUAAUACCAGGUCCGAAACGGAACCACUGCAACGCCAGACGGUGGAACCCGAGGGGUCAGGUACCUCCAACUCUUCCAGCUUGGAUAAGGGAAGAAUGUUCAAACGGCCGUUAUACGGUCCCAACACAUCUACGCUGUCUGGCAUAGGAAGCAGUAAACCCGUUACGUCUUCUCUGGGUGCAGCUUCGUUGCUGUACCCUUCGCAACCGCCUCGGAUUAUCGGAAGUACUAGUGCCAAUUUUGGAGCUCCUGGGAAUAAACUAUUCACGGAACCGGACGUGACGGCAAACAGUUUGAAGAUUGCUUUCCGGCCUUCUCCGACGAGUAGUACCGCUACGACGACGCCCAGCUCUACGGCGCCUGGUAGUGGCACCCAUCAGCCGGUGGAAACUCAAAUGCCUGCAAACAGAAACAGUGGAAGUAGUGCACUGGGCGGUAAUGCCAUUCCGAAUAGUAGUGCGAAUAAUAAUUUUGUUCAUAGUAGUACUAGUGCCGGUAACAAUGUGCAUCACAGCGGAAAUGUUGUGAACAGUUACGGUGGUGACAGUGGGGGAGGGAGAAAUGCUGCUCUGGUGACCACAGUGCCUCAGCAUGGUGCGGUGACACCGAGUAGUGACGCGGCAGGGGUGCAGUUGACCUUGUAUGGAUGGCGCAAGAAAUGCCUUUACUCAGUGAUACUGAUCCUGAUGAUUAUGAUCAUCAUCAAUCUGGCGCUGACGCUGUGGAUACUGAAAGUGAUGGAGUUUUCAUCGGAUGGAAUGGGUCAGCUGAAGAUAGUUUCCGGAGGCAUUCAACUGACGGGGCAGGCAAUGGUUCUGGACAUUUUACGAGCUUCCUCGAUACGUUCCAAGCACGGGCAACCGAUUUCUAUAGAAUCUUCGCGAAACUUUAGUGUAAACACUCGUGAUUUCGAGGGAUACUUGGAAAAUCAACUAUUUUUGGGACACGAUCGGUUAGAAGUGCUGGCGAAUCACUUUCGAGUGUCGGACGCUCAUGGCACAUCCCUUUUUGCUGUCGAUCGUGAUGAAGUCUCCAUUGGAGCCAGUUCGCUCCGAGUCGAAGGAGAAGGUGGAGUCAUCUUCAAGGAUUCGAUCCAGACGCCUUUAGUACGGGCAGAGGCCGGGAAGGAUCUGAAAUUGGAAUCACCAACACGAUCCCUGGAGGUACGCGCAACUCAGGAAAUAUUCAUGCAAUCACGUGCCGGAAGCAUUGAAGCCAACUGCCUCAACGAUCUCAAGCUGCAUUCUGUGGCAGGAAGCAUCCGCCUGGAUGCCAGCUCGAUUAUCAUGCCCAAUCUUCGAACCGUUCAGGCUCCAUCAUCUUCCUCGUCUGGAUCGUCCCGAGACCAUGGCAGCAGUAGUUCAACAUCCUCUUCUUCUUCGUCUUCGUCCCACAGUAAAAUCUAUCAACUGUGUGCCUGUUCCAAUGGAAAACUCUUUCUCGCUCCGGCCCACAGCAUAUGCACGGCUGACGACAGUGCCAUCUGUAGGUAAUAUUUUUUACUCUCACUUCCCGUAGUAGCAAUUGCAUCAAAACGUCAUCAAACAAGUAGCCUAAUUAUGCAUAUAAUGAAACCAUGAACUUAGCUAGCCAUGAAAUGUGUAAAUAACUACGAACGUCCAUGGCCUACUGCGUGUAAAAAUUCGACGCAAGGAAACAUUCU